AUGGAGCUCUUCGAGACCAACCCUUAUUUUUUCCCGGACCAGCGGUUUUACGAUGGGGAAAAUUUCCUGGGCUCCCGCUUGCAGGGCUACGAGCCGGCGGCUUUCCCCGAGCGGCCCGAGGUGGCCCUGUGUCCCGACGGCAGGGUGGCUUUGGAGGAGAAGGACUCAGCCCUGCCCGAGCAUUGUCCCGGGCAGUGCCUGCCCUGGGCCUGCAAGGUUUGCAAGCGGAAGACGGUCUCCAUCGACCGGCGGCGGGCAGCCACCCUGCGGGAGAAGCGCAGGUUGAAGAAGGUGAACGAAGCCUUCGAGGCGCUGAAGCGCAGCACCCUGCUCAACCCCAACCAGCGGCUGCCCAAGGUGGAGAUCCUGCGCAGCGCCAUCCAGUACAUCGAGCGCCUGCAGAGCCUGCUCAGCACCCUCAACCAGCAGGAGCGGGAGCAGAGGGACCUGCGCUUCCGCCCCGCUGCCCCCCAGCCCGGGGCAACCGGCGAGUGCGGGUCCGGCAGCUCGUCCUGCAGCCCCGAGUGGAGCAGCCAGCUGGAGUUCGGCACCAACCCCGCGGAUCACCUCCUGGCUGACGACGCGGCGGAGGACCGCAACCUCCACUCGCUCUCCUCCAUCGUGGAGAGCAUCGCCGUGGAGGACGUGGCCGUGACGUUCCAGGAGGAGCGGGUCCAAAACUGA